AACUAGAUUAUAUUUUUAGGAUAUUCAGUAAUGGAAGGAGGGUGUCAACAUUCGGACACAAUCUAGAAACAGGCUAUUUUAACGCAACUUUGCGUCAAGUUUCAAAAUCUAAGAUCUGCAUCAACAGAAUUAAGAAGCUGUUGGGGUGUUGUUUUGUUUGUAAAGAUUUCUCUUUUGUCAGUCGCGGGAAAUAUAACGGCCUACACAAAGUUUCAAAAUGUUUUCUUCUGGCUUCAAAUCUCAGAGGCUCAGGGUAAACCUCAAGCUUGCUAUCAAUCGGCUCAAAAUGUUGGAAAAGAAGAAGACUGAAAUAGCGAUGAAGUCAAGAAAAGAGAUUGCAGAUUUUAUUCAAGCCAAUAAAUUUGACAGGGCAAGAAUACGGGUUGAGCAUAUCAUUAGAGAAGAUUACUUGGUUGAAGCAUUGGAGUUGGUUGAAAUGUACUGUGACCUUCUCCUUGCUAGAUUUGGUCUUAUUGAAACAAUGAAGUAUUGUGAUGAAGGGCUUGUUGAGCCUGUCUCCAGUAUAAUUUGGUCAGCUCCCAGGCUUUAUUCGGAUGUCCAGGAACUUAAAAUAAUUGAAGAGCAGUUAAUUUUGAAAUAUGGAAAAGAGUUUGGUCAGCAGGCAAGAACAAAUAUAAACAAUACAGUAAAUGAAAAACUUAUCAUAAAAAUGAGUCCACAGGCUCCUCCAAAAUUGCUGGUUGAAAGAUAUCUUAUGGAAAUCGCAAAAAAUUACAAUGUGUCAUAUGAGCCUGAUCCUGAUGUCAUGCUGAGUGAGGGCAUUCCAUCGAUUGACUCAAAAGAAUUUGACAACAUUGGCUCAUUUCAAGGCGGUCCAGGUGGGCCAAGUGCACCAGGUGGUGGAAGUGGUGGUCACGGUAUUGGCUUUGAGCAUCUAGGAAAUCACCAUGGUGGGGCAGGGGAUCAAUUUCCAAAUAUACCUAAUGUUCCAAAUGUACCAGGAAACCCACCAUACCCAGGAGGUGGUACAUACCCACCAAGUAAUAGAGGCGGUGGAUAUCCAUCAAGCCUGCCCCCUGCAUACAACGAAGCAAAUCCUACUGAGAAGCCCCCAUACCCACCAAACGACCAUUCAGAUAUGGCCUAUCCGCCACCUUCUGCGAGUGUUCCUGCAUACCCACCAGGGAGACCCCAGCAGCCACUAAGCAGUAAUGGUCCUGGUGCAGCAAGCCUGCCCGAUCUUCCUGCUGUUCCUUCCUCGAGUCCACCCCCAGGCAGCGUCGGAGGACAAAGUAUGAAGGGCGAGGACGUGGACUUUGACGACCUUGCGCGGCGUUUUGAGGAAUUGAAGAAAAAGAAGUAAACAUGUUGGAGAUAAGUAAAAUUUGCGAAACACAAAUUCAAAUGCUAUAAUUUUUGCACAGGUACGCCAAUUAAUUUUGAUUGUAAUGUGAAAUCCUUCUGUGUUAUCGUUUAUUAUUAUCGACUUUGCUUGCUGAAAAGUAUCUAGCAGCUUUCUGUAUGGUGGUAGGGAAGUUGGUAGUUCUUCAGAAAGUACUGAAAUGUUAAAGCAUACUGAUUUUGUAACGUACCAGUAUUAAAAGAUGCAUAAAAUCUAUCGGACACGCUGAUCAGUUGGUCUGCCGUCAAAGGUUGAUCGGAAUUCAGGGAUGGAAGCUCAUCGGCGAUAAAACUGAGCAUUCCAAGAUUGAUUGCCGGGAAAAUUAUUUUGACAAACAUUACUUUGAUAUCUGGGCGAAUGGUGUAGCAUGGUCUAACAAGAUGACUGUAGCCUCCCUUUUCCUACAAUGGUCUCAUUUAGAAACUAGUCUAUCUUGGUGCUCAGCAAAGGGUUACAUUUGCUUCUAUGCAGGUCACUUAUGCAUCUUAUUGCGAUAAGCACUUCCAAUGAAAAUUUGUUAGCAUAAAUAUAUUCUCAGGAAUCUAGCUCACAUUUUUUCAUCAAAAAUAGCACGAUACAUCCAAUGCCACCCAACUGCAUACACCAUGGACUGUUCCCUUGAGCUUUCUUUUGAUUGCCACUACCUUUACCAUGUGAAAUCAUUUUGAAUCUGUGCAUUCUUGGUGGUGUCUCUUUCUUCUUUUAAAUAUCACCAUCUUUUGUCAGUAAGUACCUUCAAGUCCCUCAAAUUUACAGUUUCGUUGGCCCCGAAUGUGUUUUUUGUUGAGCCCGUUUGUAAGUUAUUUAUGUAAUGUACUGCUGUUGUUGUUUCCUUCAAUUUGAUUUAUACUCACGUAAAGCCUUUCAAUUCAAGCAGUAGAUGAAACAUUAAAAAGAAAGCAAAACUUUAUUUUUUUGAGACAUUCCUUGUUAUAUCUUUGAAAAUUUCUAAACUUAAUUAUUUAGUGACUCAAUUAAGUGACGCUGUAGAGAACAAAUGCUUUGAUUUUUUACCUUAUUUAAAUAGAUGAUUAUCAAAAGCGUUUUCAAAAUUCAAAAGUUCUGCUACCUUUUGUUUAAUUUUUUAGUUUGACUGGCUUACUUAAAUUUUGUAACGAUAUGAAGUUAAUGUUUUAAGUUUUAUGUAUUUAACUAAUAAUGUUAUAAGUUUCCUAAUAUGCUCCUGUUGCAUUCCAUAAUUUUCUGUAAAGACAGUAAUAAUUUGUAAUAAUUUGCACA